AUUUCGACUUUAAAGUCAGAAUUCUGACUUUAUUCUCAGAAUUCUGACUUUAAAGUCGGAAUUCUAACUUUAUUCUCAGAAUUCAUGUGUGAUAUACUGAUUGAAAAAGUCCUUGUAUACGUAGGUUUUGCCAGUUUCUCUUCAACUGUAACUUUCAUUGUUAAUAUGUGUUUGUCUUGUUUUGCAGACAUCAGUGAAGCUAUUCGUCCUAAGCAGGAGGAGCCAGACCGCACUCGCAUUAAAGAGGAAGAUGUGGGCAAAGAGGUCCACCACUUCAAUGCCCAAAUGGGGCAGAAGUUUCCAUGCACUAUAAAAGAGGAAGAGCCGGAGCGGCCCUGUAAUGAAGAGGACUCUUGCGACAUUAGAAAGAAGGAGGAAGAUACCUGCAAGAUGCCUUUAACUGGUGUUCCUGUGAAGCGUUUAGAUGAGGGCCAAGAUAAGGUGAACACAGGGGCGGAGCCUCCAAGCUGCACCUCAAGUCAACAAAUGACCAGAGGUGAUGGAGACCACUGUGGAGGAUCACAAGCAGCUCCACCGUCAGAUAGUGAUGUAGUGUUGUCACAUGUUCCUGCUUCUGCUGCUUCUGCUGCUGCUGCUGCUGCUGCUGAUUAUGAUGAUGGUGGUGAUGAUGAUGAUGAUGCUGAUGGUGAUGAUGAUGAAAAAUACUCUCGGAGGGAACAUUUAACAAUGCACACAAGAAUCCACACUGGCGAGAAACGUUUUUCAUGUUCAGUUUGUGGCCAGAAAUUCUCUCGGAGUGGACAUUUAAAAAGGCACACAAGAACCCACACUGGCGAGAAACCUUUUUCAUGCUCAGUUUGUGGCCAAAUAUUCUCUCAAAAGGAAAGCUUAAAAUCUCAUACAAGAAUCCACACUGGCGAGAAACCUUUUUCAUGCUCAGUUUGUGGCCAAAUAUUCUCUCAAAAGGAAAGCUUAAAAUCUCAUACAAGAAUCCACACUGGUGAGAAACCUUUUUCAUGCUCAGUUUGUGGCCAAAAAUUCUCUCAAAAGGGAAACUUAAAAUCUCAUACAAGAAUCCACACUGGCGAGAAACCUUUUUCAUGCUCAGUUUGUGGCCAAAUAUUCUCUCGGAGUGGACAUUUAAAAAGGCACACAAGAAUCCACACUGGUGAGAAACCUUUUUCAUGCUCAGUUUGUGGCCAAAUAUUCUCUCAAAAGGAAAGCUUAAAAUCUCAUACAAGAAUCCACACUGGCGAGAAACCUUUUUCAUGCUCAGUUUGUGGCCAUCAAUUCUCUCACCGGGAAACCUUGAAAAGGCACACAAGAAUCCACACUGGCGAGAAACCUUUUUCAUGCUCAGUUUGUGGCCAAAUAUUCUCUCAAAAGGAAAGCUUAAAAUCUCAUACAAGAAUCCACACUGGCGAGAAACCUUUUUCAUGCUCAGUUUGUGGCCAAAUAUUCUCUCGGAGUGGACAUUUAAAAAGGCACACAAGAAUCCACACUGGUGAGAAACCUUUUUCAUGCUCAGUUUGUGGCCAAGAAUUCUCUCGGAGUGGAAAUUUAAAAGAGCACGCAAGAAUCCACACUGGCGAGAAACCUUUUUCAUGCUCAGUUUGUGGCCAAAUAUUCUCUAAAAGGUUAACCUUAAUCAGGCACACAAGAAUCCACACUGGUGAGAAACCUUUUUCAUGCUCAGUUUGUGGGCGAAAAUUCUCUCAGAGUGGACAUUUUAAAAAGCACACAAGAAUCCACACUGGUGAGAAACCUUUUUCAUGCUCAGUUUGUGGCCAAAUAUUCUCUCAAAAGGAAACCUUAAAAUCUCAUACAAGAAUCCACACUGGCGAGAAACCUUUUUGAUGCUCAGUUUGUGGGCAAAAGUUCUCUCGGAGUGGACAUUUAAAAAAGCACACAAGAAUCCACACUGGCGAGGAACCUUUUUCAUGCUCAGUUUGUGGUCUAAAAUUCUCUCAAAGGGUAAGCCUAAUCAGGCACACAGAAGCCCACACCUAACCCUGUUGCCUGCUCAGUCAGUUGCCAAAGAGUCUAUUGAGAAUUCUGAGUGUCUUGGGUAGAUGAGGAAUGAUCCAUGAAGUUCUCACCUUCUAUUUGAGCAGACUUUAUGAUCAUUCUAUUCUAGUAUGCACAUUUUGAUUGAGAUGCUGAACUCCUUCCCUUUACUGCUGUGAGAAUUUCAUUUCAUUUUAGUUUUACCAAUGAAUUUGAAAAUAAAGUUAACUGGCCUCGAGAUGAUAUUAGUUUUGUAUUUUUUAUUACACUUUAUUUUGUUUUUAGUUGUGUGUUCAUAUUCAGGGCAAGUUGCAUAGUUCUUAUUAGUGGCUGUUUGGGAUUUUGUAUUGCUCUGCUUUUCAUGUUCAUGUGGAUCAAUAAAAUGAAAAAUAAAAUAG